AUGAACAGUGAUCGAGCGGCGCAGACUUUAAUUUCUCCGUUUAAAAACAAACUGAUCCAGAGCGACAACAUCAGCACCAGAGACACCGGGACAUACGUGAGCACGUGGGAGAUGUUUGACAGUCUGAGAGUGCCAGAGGAGGCAGAGGCCUCUGAGGGUCUACAGCCUGCAGUGACUCAGUCUGACCUGCAGGGGGCAGAGCGGCUGCUGAGCUCCAGGGCUGAACACAGCACCUCUGUGGAGAGCUCCAGUGGGACAGUGAGUGAGAGCAGCUCCAUGAAGGACCUGGAGGCCUUGGAGCUCAGUGUGAGAGAGUCUGAGCUGACGCUGCUCCUGAGCUCCCCGUCCUUUCACUACAGUCUGAGGGUGAUGGAGCGGAGCCUCGCGGGGAACAGCUUCCAACAGAGACUGGCGACUUUCAGACAUCUGCCCGUGCUCACAGGUACCUCUGCUGCCCGCGCUCACAGGUACCUCUGCUGCCCGCGCUCACAGGUACCUCUGCUGCCCGCGCCAAGGUACCUCUGCUGCACAGGUACCUCUGCUGCCCGCGCUCACAGGUACCUCUGCUGCCCGCGCUCACAGGUACCUCUGCUGCCCGCGCUCACAGGUACCUCUGCUGCCCGCGCUCACAGGUACCUCUGCUGCCCGCGCUCACAGGUACCUCUGCUGCCCGCGCUCACAGGUACUCUGCUCCCCUCACGCUGCUGCCGCGCUCACAGGUACCUCUGCUGCCCGCGCUCACAGGUACCUCUGCUGCCCGUGCUCACAGGUACCUCUGCUGCCCGCGCUCACAGGUACCUCUGCUGCCCGUGCUCACAGGUACCUCUGCUGCCCGCGCUCACAGGUACCUCUGCUGCCUGUGCUCACAGGUACCUCUGCUGCCCGCGCUCACAGGUACCUCUGCUGCCUGCGCUCACAGACCCGUUCUCAGCUUUACCGUCCGAGCAAGAAGGAUCUCAGGAACCUCCAGAGUCUGAGGGGUCUGCUCCGGCCCUGGUCCACCUCUGGUCCUUCUCCUGUGACCUGACCCAGGGCAGACGCGUCAACUGCAUGGUCUGGAACAAGAAGAAUCCAGACGUGCUGGCUGUCGGUUAUGGAUCGUCUGUGAGCAGCCCCACACCUGGUCUGGUCUGCUGCUGGUCCCUCAGAAACCCCACAUGGCCGGACAGCGUGAUCCCCUGUGACCGUGCAGUGACCGCUCUGGACUUCUCCCUGAAGAGCCCGGGUCAGCUCGGGGUGGGGCUGGAGGACGGGACGGUUAUGAUCUGUGGCGUGCACCGCAGCAGCAGCAGCAGCAGCAGUGUCCUGAACAGCAGAUGCUCUAAACACAAACACACGGAGCCAGUUCUGCAGCUGAGGUGGAUUCUGCAGGACGUCAGUCUGAGGGACGACCAGCAGGAGGCGCUGGUCUCUGUGGCCACAGACGGACGGGUCUGCAAGUGGUUUGUGUCCAACAGCGGACUGGACUGUACAGACAUGAUGAAACUGAAAAGAGUUAAAAGCCCUAAAAGAAUUGCCGGAGACAACAGAGAGGAGACCAAACUGGAGUCCAUACUGUCCGCUCUGACUCCAGGGACGUGUUUUGACUUCCAUCCCAACCCAAAGGAGUCAGGCGUGUACCUUGUGGGGACGUGGGAGGGGCUUAUCCACAAGUGCUCCUCCUCCAACUCGCAGCAGUUCACGGACACGUACAAGAAACACUCUGGUCCGGUGCUGGGCGUGUCCUGGAGCCCCCUGAGCCCGGGCCUGUUCCUGAGCUGCUCCUCGGACUGGAGCCUGAAGCUGUGGAGAGAGGAGCGCUCCGGGCCCGUGCUGGUCCUCAGCUCGCCUUACAGGGCCGUGCUGGACUCGUGCUGGUCCCCUCAGUCCGCCACCGUGAUCGGAGCCGUCAGCGAGGCCCAGCUGGAGAUCUGGGACCUCCAGCACAGCAUCCUGGACCCCCUCCUGGUGCUGCCGGCCCCUCCCUCAGUGAGCUUCACGUCUCUGGUCUUCAGCCCCCACUCAGACUGUGCAGUGGUGGGGGACAGCGGGGGCCAGGUGUGGGUCCAUCUGCUCCACAGCGUCCACAGCGGAGGACCAGGCACACAGGCUCUGGAUGACAUCAUUCUCGCUUCAGUUUCAAAAUAA